CGCUCUUUACCUCUUCAUUUCUUCCUCCGUGACGAGCAAUUAUCCGCCAAAAUGUGCGAAGUCGUUGUCCUGUUCGACGGCUACUCCAAGAACUUGGAUGACGGAAGAAUGGACGCGAAUUGCACUUGUACUCUGAUAAAGGGCCCAGGAAAAUUGAUCAUCGUCGACACUAUGACUGCCUGGGAUCGCGAUAAACUAAUAGAAGUGCUCACACAGCGUAAAAUCCAGCCAUGGGAUAUUGAUUACGUAGUUUGCACUCACAGUCAUUCUGAUCACAUAGGAAACAACAAUCUGUUCACAAAUGCGGAACACAUUGUAGGCUUGACUGUUCAACGUGGUACUAUAUUUUACGAGGAUCCACGGAUUUCGAAUGGAGGCUACGAGCUUUGUCCAGGUGUUAAAGUUACAGCCACACCAGGACACACAAGGGAGGAUGUCACUGUCCUGGUGAAGACAAUGAAAGAUGAGGAAGUAAAGCUUCUCGCCAUUACAGGAGAUUUAUUUGAGAAAGAGGAAGAUAUUCUGACACCAUCCAUAUGGAAGUCAUUGAGCACACCAGAAUUAUUAAAAACUCAAUCUGUCAUGCGUUCUCAUAUAAUAAAUCUCGCGGACUUUAUAAUACCUGGGCAUGGGCCAAUGUUUCAUGUUACAGAUAUUAUGAGAGGAAUCGUAAAGAGUCAAGUGAUUCAAUGAGACUAUAUUUUUAUCUUGUUAAUAAAUUUUUAUGCAGAGUUUUAUAAAAUAUAACAAAGAAAUAUCUACAAAUAAUUACACAAUAUUAGAACGAAAAUUAAUAUUUGUAAGACAUAGGAAACUAUGAUAAAAACUUGUUCUUUUGCCUUCACAUUUAUCGAUUUUAAUAAAUAAUUUUUUUGUCAAGUGUAUGUAACGUUUAUCAACUGACUUAAAAAUUAAACUUAUUAAAAUUUACACUCUAAAAAAUAAAACAGAAAUUACAAGUUUUAUCAACUGUAACAUUAUAUGAAUAGAGUUUAUUUUGUAUUAUAACGGA